GAGAGAGAGAGAGAGAGAGAGAGAGACAGAGACAGAGACAGAGACAGACAGAGACAGAGAGAGACACGAGGCACAGAGGCAGAGACAGAGCGAGACAGAGAGGAUGUUUGACCGAAUGAGAUCAGGUUCAGGCAGGACCACCUAGAUUGUCAUGGGACUGUCCUCGGGGCAGUAAUUUAGCCUAGCUUUGUGUUCUUGCUGUUGUCGCCGCCUGGAUCCCAGAUUCCCGUCAGAAGUGCUCCAGAAGCGAUGGCUUCAGAAGUGGUCUGUGGACUGAUCUUCAGGCUUCUGCUCCCUAUAUGUCUGGCAGUUGCAUGUGCUUUCCGGUACAAUGGGCUUUCAUUUGUCUACCUCAUCUACCUCUUGCUCAUUCCUCUGUUUUCAGAACCCACCCGAAUGACAAUGCAAGGGCACACAGGACGCUUGUUAAAGUCCCUGUGCUUCACCAGUCUAUCAUUCCUGUUGCUGCAUAUCAUCUUUCAUAUUACAUUAGCUAGCCUGGAGGCUCAACAUCGGAUCGCACCUAAUUAUAACUGUGAGUAUGGUGGUUGUAUUAAUUGCAUAUAUGUGGUGCUUAUAUUACUGUUUUAAUGAAAAUCUCUACUAGUUUAAUUCAGGAACCACUGUUCUUUAUCCACAAAAUGCUAAGUAAAUAAACUCUCUUAUAUUGUACUUUCUUAUUCAUGAGUGAUACCAAAGAACUAAAUUGUUUUCAACAAGAUCUUAUAUGCAAAGUAACAAAUAAAAUUCCUAAUACUUAGUGGUUUAAUGCCUACUAUGUAUAAGGCAUAGUCUCAGAUGCAAAGAAGUAGGGGCAUGAAGAUAGUGAUGACAUGUAGAAUGGUUUAGAGCAGAGGCAAAAAAAGGCAGAAAAGAAAGUUAGAGGGCAGUUACAAUGGGGCAAGUUUAUUGUUAUCAAGAUCUGAGCUAGGAUUAUAUUAGUGAAUGAGCAUAUCCAAAUUUUACUUAUUUUAAUGAAUACAACUAAAUAAAACAAAUGAGACAGGAAGGAAAAACUGAAGAGUCUAUAUAAAAUUACCUUUUUUGACUGACACCUUUGAGGGCAGAGGGGGAAACCUCUAAACUUUGCUGUAUUAUUAAUAUAUGAAGAUAAAAAAAAAAAAACUAUGAAACAUCAGGCAUUCUUGGUCUGGCAAAUGGCUAGAUUUUAUUUAUCAAUACCUUCUAGUUAUUUGUGAAUUUGUGUUAAAUACCACAUAUUCUGAAGCAUGCAAAGAUUUAUUCUUGUUUCAUCAAAGUCAAAACUCUAGAAUAAGUAAAUCUCUAUUAUACUGGGACUACUGGUAAUAAGAUACAGAAAGCAGCUUUUGCUCCAGGUCAUAUUUUUAUCUCCAAUCUAGAUUUUAUGUUUCUAAUUGGCCCAUUCUGGCUAUAAUCUUCAAAUCAUUUUUAGUCAAACAAUCAAUAAGUAUUUAUUAAAUGUGUUCUAUGGCUUAGGAACUGUGCUAAGCUUUGGAGGAACAAAGAAAUAUAAAAAUACAGUCUUUCCUCCUCAAGUAGGAUAUAUUCUAAUGGGAGAAAUAAUAGGUAAAUAACUAUGUACAUGCAAGAUAAAUACAGAAUAGAAAAAAAAAAGUAAUCUUAAAUAUGUAAAUGAAUGGUUAAGAGAAAGAGCCAGGAAACCCUCUAAGAGGUCAGAUUUUAAGUAUUUUGAAUGGAAGUUAAGAAGGCAGAAUGAGGAAGAAGAGGAUUCCUGGUAGGCCAGUGUGGCUGGAUUGUAGUGUGUAGAGGGGAAUAAAGUAUUUAAAGAAGAGGCCAGAUUUAGAAGGGCAUUAAAUUCCAAACAGAGGAUGUUAUAUUUUAUACUGGAAUAUUAUAUAUAUGAAAUGUAUAUCAUUCUAGACCUUAAAUGUAAAAAGCACAUUUAUUCUCAGUUUGUGACCAAUUAACCAAGAGUUUAUUGCCCCUUUGAUACUAUUUCAGUUUUUUCAGUCAAUUAAACUACAUAUUUGAAUGUAAAUAGAAACAGUGGAAAACAGAGUGAUAUUUUAAAGAAUGAUGAAGUAGUUUUAAAUAUGCACAUAUUGGAAGUUACUUGAUAACUAAAAAUAUUACAUGUAUAAGCUGUGUCAGGAACUAUUAAUUUAGAAAUAAUAGUAGUACCAUAAUAGUUUUUUUAAUAUAAUAUAAAAUCAAUUUUUAAAAAGUUUGUAAAACAAAUUUCUAUUUCAAAAAAGAAAAGGAUUUUUUUUCUCCACAGCUUGCAAACUUAGAAUUGGCAAGCAAAAAAUUAAGAGCAAAAAAAAAAAAAGCAAAGUGCUCUUGCGGCUGAGUCACCUGCCCACCUAUUUAUAAAGCUUUUUCAGUUUCAUGAAAUCUUCAACUUCCCUUCUCUUAAAGUCCAAUCUCCCUCCCCUUAUCCAAAACAAAUACAAGUAUAUAACUUUCCUUUGGCUUGCAGAAAACCUAGUUAAUUCUCUA